CCAGUGCCACUGCCACCACACAGACAGAGGGUAUGUCCCCAGACCCAACCUCCCUAGUCACACUCUCCCCCACCGCUGAGUCCACGCCAACACCCACUAUCACCAGCACCCUCACAGCAACCACGGCUGCGGGGCCAUCUACAAGCCCUGCAGCAACAACUGCAACAGGCCAGCCCACCCUCACCUCCUCUAGUGCCACAUCCACCGCAGGAUCUACCGUCACCCUCACCACUGCCAUUCCCACAGCGGCUCUCAGGACAGAGCUCGCCACUACUGCUGACACUGCUUCCUCCGUCACCCACACAGAGGCACUGACUUCUGGGAGCGCCAACACCUCUCCUGCCAUGACCAGCAGUGUGGCGAUGUCACCCACCAGCAGUCCUCUGCCUUCCACAUCUGUUUCACCAGCCUCCGCUGGUACCACACUCACCACCCCGGUAUCUACCUUGGGGACCACAUUGCCAUCCUCUGAUUCCAGGUCCACAGCUCCAUCUGAGGUCACUUCCUCCAGCUCUCCCAGCGGAGCUGUCACACACGCCACGUCUGGCAUCACCUCUCCUGUCACCCUGGCAGACACAACAAUCACUGACACCUCUUCCACACCCACCUGGUCCUCUGUGCCCACCUCACAAACAGCUGAGACCGAAACCACAAUGUCUGUGUCAACAGCUGCCCCAUCCACCUCUCACAGCACUCCCAGCUUCACGCACUCAAGCAGCCACCCCACCUACAGCACACCCACAACUGUCACCUCCUCACCCGCCACUAGCUUGGACACCACGGAGACAUCCACAUCCACAACCCAGUCUUCACUCCGCACACACCCACCCACCAUCCCAACCACAAGUCUCCCCACCUCCUCCCUGGGCAGCACAGACAGCACCUCCAGCCACACGGCUCCCAGCACUGCACACACCCUCAGCCACACCAGCCUGUCCUCCUCCUCCAUGCAUAGCGCACAGACACCUCAACCUGACAGCACAGCUCUGACCCUGACCCCAGGCUUGACAACUACUCUCACAGGCGCUGGAAGCACGAUUACCCUUGCUACCAGCGUUCCAGGUACACCUGACACAUCAAUUACAAUGUCUGUAUCUCCUUUAUUGACCUCUGUCUCACAGACACCAAAUUCUCCUGCACCCUCGGAGUUUCCGGCUGAUGCUAGUGACUCCUCUCCUACUUUGUCCUCCCUUACUCAGACCCCAUCAUUACCCCUCAGCAGUCUCACACCGUCAUCAGACGUCCCUGUUACAAAUACCAGGUUGUCUACUCCUAAGACCUCUGUAUCCACUCCCAUUUUUCUGACCUCAGUCACUUCUUCAGGUGAGUCCAGCACAGAAUGGUUCCCUCAGGGAAGCACGUCUACAAAUGCCGUGAUCACAUCCAUUGGUACUCUGAUCCCCUCCACUCCGUCAGUUGUAAUGUCCUCUCCUCCUCCUUCCAUCAGCAGUGACCUAGUGCUCACUACUAGUACCACCUCUGUCCCUACCUCCUCCCAUGUUUCCAGCACGGACCAUACAGGCUCUUCUUCCACCACAGCUUUUUCUCCUUUGUCUUCAUCUACAACCACAAGGACAUCUCCGGUCAGCUCCUCACCUGCCACAACUCUCACUGAAACCACCCCCUUUUCUUAUAUUUCCCUUCUUCCCACUACACCCUGUCCGGAAACCGUAACCAUUACAAUAGUCCCCACCUCUCCCAUGCCUCCGUGUGUUGAAGUGGAUCCCAACACCAAGGUACCAUGGGCUCCCACCACCCCAUUCUCAGUCUUUCCCUCUGCUAUGGAAAUGGUCACCAUUCCUAGUUUGCCCAGUGAAAGAACCGUCCUUCCUACAUCUACGGACGCCACUUCUCCCAUGACUCCAGAAACUGAGCCUGCCCAUGUCACAACGGGUGCUCCUAGCUCUCUCAGCGCUGAGACAGUACCCAUGAACACGGCGCUGACUAGUGCCCAGACAACCAGUGAGAACUGGCUGAGCAGCAACUCUGUCAGCACCCCGAGUAUGGCUGGCUCUGCCGUGAAACCGAGCAGCAACCUUCCAACGGUCGCAACUUCAAGCAAGUUGACACAUCCUACCCCUCCCACCACCCGGAGUCCAGAGAUGCCAGAGGCCACCACGCAGACUCCGACCACACUCACAUCACCGAGAACAGUGUCAAGCACUACUCCGAUGACCACAGUAUCCAGACUGACCACCACCCCAGGCACCUGUGAAAAUGGUGGCACCUGGGAACAAGGCCACUGCACAUGCCUCCCGGAUUUUCUGGGGAAUCGCUGUGAGCACUGGAAUAAGUGCCAGAACGGGGGAAAAUUUGAUGGCUUCAAGUGCAUCUGCCCCAGCACCUUCUAUGGCUCCUCCUGCGAGAUUCCAGUGGAACAGAUAGAAAUAGACACAGUGGAGGCUGAAGUGGGCAUUGAGGUGUCUGUCGACCAGGAAUUCUCUGCAGACCUCAAAGACAACACUUCCACGGCCUACAGAGAAUUCAGCAACCUCUUCCAGAAUCAGGUGAGGAGAGAGGGAGGGAACGUGAGGGUCUUCUUCUGGAGCUGGGCUUGGGUUCUUUGGUUCCCUCAGGCUCACUGCUCAGACAUGAGCCCAGGAUCCUUGGCAUUUCAGAUGAAGAAGAUUUACAAAAAUGUGGCAGGGUUCCAAGGCGUGGAGAUCCUGUCUCUGAGGAAUGGCAGCAUCGUGGUGGACUAUUUGGUCCUGCUGAAGUUGCCCUUCAGCUCCCAGCUGGAGAGUGACUAUGAAAAGGUGAAGACCGCCCUCAAGGAGGAGCUCCGGAAUGUCAGCCAGAGCGGGGACAGCUGUCAGGAUAACCAGACCCUGUGUUUCAAGCCUGACUCCAUCAAGGUGAACAACACCAUCAGGACAGAACUGAACCUGGAAGCCAUCUGCCACAAAGCAGCCGCCAAGGGCUACGAGGAAUUCUACUUCCCCUUGGUGAAGGAGAACCGGCUUCGCUGCGUCACCAACUGCUCCUCAGAUGUGGACGGUUCCCUCGACUGCAACCAGGGCCAGUGCUUUCUGGGGAAGAGUGGGCCGGCUUGCCGGUCCAGGGCCAAGGACAGGGAGUGGUUUGAGUCCUGGGAUGAUGACACCGUGGGGACUUUCUCCAACAUGGGCUUCGAGGACGACAGGACAGUCAAGGAUGCAAACUUCCAAGUGGCUUUGCAGGCUGUGGACCCCAAAGAGCUGGUGAGGUCGGGGGAAGCAGAGGCCUCUUCCGGAGUUCUGCCUAGCCCAGCGGGGCUCUAUCCUCAUUCAUCUCACCCGCACUUGGGCUAGGUGCACAUCCAGAGACCUGAGUUGAUCUCAUCCUCGCUGUGAGCCCUCUACCUGACCAGGACAGCAGGAGGGAGCCAUCUACCAGGUCCCUGCAAAGGAUACUCGCAUGACUUCUGCAGCCCACGCUCUCAGUGUUCUUGGGCAAAUGGAGACUGUCCCCUGACCCCCAUCUUUCUCCCAUCUUGGCUAAAACCCACCCAGAGACCCAUUUCACAUCCAGGCUCUUCCCUGGUGGGACCUUGAGGGAGUCAGCGCCUUCUCCUACCUCCAUUUCUUCACCUUGCAAACGGCUAUGACACGCUUGUCCUACCUCAUGCAGUUACUGUGAAAACCGCUGUGUUUGGCCAGUUCUCUGUCCCUGUCCGCCCUCCUGUCUCAGCCUACACGUUUACAUUGUCCAACUCAGGCUCUCACAUCCUCAUUUCUGGGGCUCAGUCUUAGGCCGCGGUUCCUAUCUUCCUGUUUGUGCCCUGUUACCACUCUAGUGUCACUUGUCCCUCAUUCUGAGCCUGUGGCCAGCCUGCAUUCUGUGCCAACCCUCCUCCCUUAUAUAACUCUUGCUGGGACUCUUACUCUCCUUAAAUCUUGCCCUCUUCUGAGCCACUUCCUUAAAUCAGUCCCCUCCCCAGCCCUGUGGCUCCCUGGCUUUCUGUACUUCCCCACUCCCAUCCUUGUACUCUCAGCUCAGAACCCCGUCUCCUCUCCACAGCCCUACCCUAGAUCAGUUCGGACCUUCCAGUAUCUUAGGCUCCCUCAGCCCGCACCCACAGCUGUGAGUCCUACUUUGAGGCUCCACUGGGCCUCCCAUCGCUCAAAGGCCCAAGAGCCACAUGGACAGGGGGAGCAUGAAAUUCCCCAAGUCCCUAGGGAUGAAGGGAAGCGAGUCCCUCUCCUCGUUGCCCUCACCCUCCUGCCUCAUCCUCACCAUCUCCCUGCCACCCUCUCCUACUCCCCCCAUGCUGUAUCACCACCCCUCCUGGCAGCGCUCAGCCUGAAGCCUCAGCCUCCUUUGCCAGGAAGAUCAGGGACAGAGUCAGCGAGUCUGCAGAUCCUUGUUCGAUGUAACCCUGGCUGUAAAAGAGACUGCUUUGUGUCUCUCUUCUUUUCUCCUGGGGGUCUCCACUUGGCUGGAGAACUGGGACUUCAGACAAAGAAGAUGUUGGAUGCCGGAGGGCCUCAGGAAGCAUCCCUUUCUCCUAGGGAGGGGCUGUGGGCUGCCCUUGGGGUCAUGGUUGUACAAGGGCUGAUCAAAAA